UUAUUCUCGGCCGUAUACGUUUUCUCAUCGCUUGCUCACUGGCCUGGUAGAACAGUAACGGGACCAGGGAACAUGGCUGCCGCCACAAUGCGCUGACGAGGAGACUGCGUUUUUCGCCCAAGAAUUGCAUCCCCUCGCGCAAGUCGAGCACCCUGAGUGGAUGGUAAAAGGAGCCCUAAGGGAAAAUGCGCCUCCUUAAUGGGCUGACUCAUCUUGCUUUCGCCGCGCUGAUUUUCAAAAUUGGGGUUGAAGCCGCGGAGGAUGAGAAGGACUACCGAGGCAAAUUCAUCGGGAAAUUGAACACGUAUGACAACCAGGUUUCUGGAGACGUGUACGCAGUUGAUCAAUACACAUUUUUGAUCGCUAAAUUCACCUAUGACGGAACAGGAUCAGACACGUUUUUCUGGUCUGGAGCCGCGUCUAGGCCUGGUCCCGAGGGAUUUAUUGUACCUGAUGAACAUGGAACGACAAAUGUUUUAGUUCGCUAUCACAAUAAGGACAUCACAAUCAACUUGCCCGACAGGAAAAAACUGACGGAAGUCAAGUGGCUUUCAGUGUAUGAUAUUAGCACACAGAAAGCUUAUGGCGAUGUCUACAUUCCCGAAGAGUUUGAACCGCCAAAGACCCAGCGCAUAUCGAGACUCUCGAAAACCAGUCGAGGAGUCUCGUCGGAUUCAAUCGAAAUUAUCGACUCAAAAACCAUUAAAAUUAAAGGAUUCAGUUAUGAUGGGAGUGGGAAAGAAACAUAUUUCUGGGUUGGACUUGGACCUCAGCCAUCCUCGAAAGGCAACAAGGUUCCUGAUGACAAGGGAUAUCUGGAUCGUUUGAGGAAAUACGAUGACGAGACGGUGAUUUUGCAACUGCCUGGCGACCUGAACAUUUUCCAGGUGGACUGGCUCAGCGUGUAUGAUCUUGAAACAAAACAGAGUUUUGGAUCUGUUAUUAUUCCAGACAACUUAAAUGUGCCUCCGUCUCUUGUGAUCGUGAUUCCCCACAAGAGUUCAUUGCCAAAUUGCGCCCAGCUGCACAAAGAUUACCAAGUCAAUUGGGAAGUGUUUGGGCCUCAAAUCACUUUUGAGUUGGUUGGACAGAUUCCUAAGGACUACUACAUGGCAUUUGGCUUCAGCGGUUCAACUGAAAAAUCUCAAAUGAUUGGUGCUGACGUGACCAUCGCCUACAUUGAUGGAGCCAGAGGAGUGGCGAUUGACUUCAAUAUCACUGCCAAAUCUCCGUGCACUAAAGUGUUGGGAAGACACAAAGGCGUGUGCAAGGACUUGGUUGUCGGUGGCACAGACGACAUCCAGUUUCACACUUAUUCCAGCACUGAUGGAAUCACUUCUCUGACCUACAGACGAAGCUUGAUUUCUUCGGAUCACGGCGACCAGACCUUCCCUGGAGAAGAAACGGGACCUAUUUACAUCAUUUGGGCGCUGGGACGGGUGGACGAGUCUAAAGAGCCAUCCUUCCACGAUAUCUAUCCCAAAGCAGACGUAAAGCUGGAGCUGGGCAGGAAGGAAGCUAAGAAGGAGUGUUUUGACUUUACCAGGACCAACGCCGCUGCCGUGCCUCCGUGGAGGAUCGACCGCAUUUCUGAAAGGACGCUGCGCACGUUCCACGCCACUGUGGGGCCGUCAGGGGGCAAAAAGGGCUACCAGGGCAUCGCAAGAAGAACGACCACCGGUCUGGCGUGGUACAUCAAUGGCUUCUUAAUUCCUGAAUUGACCAUGAAAAGAGGACUGACCUAUAUUUUCAAGGUAAAGGGUGGUAACAACCCACACAGUUCCGAGUUCUACCACCCAUUGAUCAUCACCGACGAACCAACUGGAGGCUACGACCGUUUGACCGACGACGCUCAAAAGACUGUGCGAGUGCUGGCUGGAGUGGAGUUUUCCAGGCGAGGCCAGCCUCGACCCACGGCGGCCGGUCCACUCUGCCUGGCACAACAUUCUGACGCCAGGGACCGGCGCCUAGACGACGAUUUCUCAGACUUCAAAAGAUUUAACCGGACCUUGGUUUACAAAUGCGACGAAGGUGACGCUGCAUCAUUAGAGGUGACUCCAAACUCGUCAUGGCCUGAUGUUGUUUAUUACAACAGCUUCACCCACCCCAACAUGGGUUGGAAGAUUCACAUCAUUGACAGUUUUGCCAAAUCUGGUGCGCAGCAGUUGGCACCAGUUGCUAUUUUACUUGCGAUUGUGACAUUUACUUUUAGAUUGUAUUAAAGACUUCUAUUUAAUUAAA